UGUCGGUGACACACACGGGGAGCCUGUGUGCGAUUGAGAUGGCGGUCGGAACAGCGAGCACAACUAACGAAUAAAUAUUACCCCGUCUGAACAUAAACUGUGGAACUUGUAGCGCCUUCGCAUUUACCCUAAACUGUAACCCGGAACGUAGCAUAGCGCUAUGGAGAAACCGACAGUCGCACUUGUGUAUCAAGCUGUUCAGGCUCUUUAUCAUGAUCCGGACCCCGCCGGCAAAGAGCGAGCCUCUGUGUGGCUGGGGGAGCUACAGAGAUCGAUGUACGCGUGGGAGUUGGCAGACCAGCUCCUCCAGCUGAAACAGGAUGUGGAAUCUUGUUACUUUGCCGCCCAGACCAUGAAGAUGAAGAUCCAGAUGUCGUUCUUUGAGCUUCCCCCAGAGACCCAUAUCGCCCUCCGAGACUCCCUGCUCUCACACAUACAGAGCCUCAAAGACCUCUCCCCCAUCAUCGUCACCCAGCUCGCUCUGGCCAUUGCAGACCUCGCCCUACAGAUGGCCUCCUGGAAGGGCUGUGUCCACACCCUCAUUGAAAAGUAUAGCAAUGACGUCAGCUCCAUGACGUUUCUGAUAGAGAUCCUUACAGUGCUCCCCGAGGAGGUCCACAGCCGCUCCCUACGCAUCGGAGCCAAUCGCAGGACAGAGAUCAUCGAGGACCUGGCCUAUUACUCCAGUACUGUGGUCACCCUACUGAUGACGUGUGUGGAGAAGUCUGGCAGCAAUGAGAAAAUGCUGAUCAAGGUGUUCCGCUGUCUGGGCAGCUGGUUCAACCUGGGAGUCCUGGACAGCAACUUUAUGGCCAACAACCAGCUCCUCAUGGUCCUUUUCCAAGUGCUGCAGAGAGACGAGACGUCCACCAACCUGCACGAGGCCGCGUCCGACUGUGUGUGUUCAGCGCUGUACGCCAUCGAGAACGUGGACACGCACAUGCCCCUGGCCCAGCAGCUCUUCCAGGGCGUCCUCACGCUGGAGACAGCCUACCACAUGGCCGUGGCACGGGAGGACCUCGACAAAGUGUUGAAUUACUGUAGGAUCUUCACUGAGUUGUGUGAGACGUUUCUGGAGACGACAGUCAGGAGUCCAGGCCAGGGCAUGGGAGACCUGCGGACGCUUGAGCUACUGCUCAUCUGUGCAGGACACCCUCAAUAUGAGGUCGUGGAGAUCUCCUUUAACUUCUGGUAUCGUCUGGGAGAGAACCUGUAUAAGACCAACGACCCUGCCCUCCACGGCAUCUUCAGACCCUAUAUCCAGAGACUGCUGCACGGCCUGGCCCGCCACUGCCAACUAGACCCCGACCACGAGGGCAUCCCAGAAGAUACUGAUGACUUUGGGGAGUUCAGGAUGAGGGUGUCUGAUCUUGUGAAGGAUGUCAUUUUCCUUGUGGGCUCCAUGGAAUGUUUCUCCCAGUUGUACUCCACUCUAAAAGAAGGGAACCCUCCCUGGGAGGUGACUGAGGCUGUUCUCUUCAUCAUGGCCGCCAUCGCCAAGAGUGUAGACCCUGAGAACAACCCCACCCUGACAGAGGUGUUAGAGCAGGUGGUGCUGCUGCCAGAGACUGUCCAUAUCGCCGUGCGCUACACCAGCAUUGAGCUGGUGGGGGAGAUGAGCGAGGUCGUUGACCGCAACCCGCGGUUCCUAGCCCCGCUCUAUGUCACAGACCCCGUGCUGAACUACCUGAUGAAGGGCCUGAGGGAGAAGACCCUGGCUUCCGUGGCGGCCAAGGCUAUCCAUAACAUCUGCUCUGUGUGUCGGGACCACAUGGCCCAGCACUUCCAGGGCCUGCUGGACAUCGCCCGUGCCCUCGACUCCUUCGCCCUGACGACCGAAGCCGCCGUAGGCCUCCUCAAAGGUACAGCCCUGGUCCUGGCUCGCCUGCCCCUGGAGAAGAUCGCUGAGUGUUUGAGUGACCUGUGUGCUGUGCAGGUCAUGGCCCUCAAAAAGCUUCUCUCUCAGGACCCCAGGAAUGGGAAAGCUGCUGACCCCACUGUCUGGCUGGACAGACUAGCCGUCAUCUUCCGACACACAAACCCCAUCGUAGAGAAUGGACAGACACACCCAUGUCAGAAAGUUAUCCAGGAGAUCUGGCCGGUCCUAUCAGAGACUCUGAACACACACCAGGCUGAUAACCGCAUCGUGGAGCGCUGUUGUCGCUGCCUGCGGUUUGCUGUGCGCUGUGUGGGCAAGGGCUCUGCCUCUCUACUACAGCCACUCGUCACACAGAUGGUCAGUGUGUAUCAGGUGUAUCCCCACUCCUGCUUCCUGUAUCUGGGCAGCAUCCUGGUGGAUGAGUACGGCAUGGAGGAGGGCUGCAGACAAGGUCUACUGGACAUGCUGCAGGCUCUUUGUAUGCCCACCUUCCAGCUAUUGGAGCAGACCAACGGCCUCCGUAACCACCCAGACACAGUAGAUGACCUCUUCAGACUCGCUACCAGGUUUGUCCAGCGUAGUCCCAUCACCCUGCUCAGCAGUGGCAUCAUCGUCCACAUCAUCCAGUGUGCCAUCGCGGCCACGACACUGGACCACCGGGAUGCCAACUGCAGCGUCAUGAAGUUUGUCAGAGACCUCAUCCACACGGGCGUCAGCAACGACCACGAGGAUGACUUUGAGCUGCGGAAGCAGCUAAUAGGCCAGGCCAUGGGGCAGCACGGGCAGCAGUUGGUCACCCAGCUCAUGCACACAUGCUGCUUCUGCCUGCCACCUUACACGCUCCCCGAUGUGGCUGAGGUGCUCUGGGAGAUCAUGGUGUUCGACAGGCCGACGUUCUGCCGCUGGCUGGAGAACGCGCUGAAGGGGCUUCCUAAAGAGACGUCAGGCGGGGCGGUGACCGUCACACACAAACAGCUCACAGACUUCCACAAGCAGGUCACCAGUGCAGAGGAGUGUAAGCAGGUGUGCUGGGCUAUCCGGGAGUUCACCAGAUUGUUCCGAUAGCCACGCCCAAAGAGCUCUGCCAGAACACCAGGUUAAAUAUUUUGGCGAACAUUCAGAGGUGACGGCAAAGAGGCUGAAGACCGCAGCAGACGAGAAUCUAAAGGGAUCUCCUACUGGACAGACGGGCGGGACUUGGCACUGUGGAAAGCCAAUCAAGACGCAUCGCAAGGAUUGGAGUGACAGGGUGAACCCGUAAACGAAACGCGCCUUCGACUUUGGCUGUGUGAGAAGAGACGCCCCCCUUCCGCUCCCCUGCCUCACUGUCGCCACAGUAACAGGUGGCAUGAGGGUUGAAAGGGGGCAGGGCAGGAGGGCAUGUCCAAUGAGGAACGAGAAUUCACCGACUCAAAGAAAUGGAAUGGGAUUAGUUCUGGAUCCAUCUUCAAAAAGAACAAGAGGGGAAGGGAAAAAACAAAGGAUGUGCCUGGUUGCAAAUCAUAAUGCAUCAAAAAGACUUGUACGUUUUUAAAUUGAGAAAUGAUUUAUUUUCAUGGAUGUGUCUUUAGAACUUUAACAUGGUCUUGCUGUCGGUGCCAUAUAGAAAAAUAAAUAGCAAACCCACGAUGCCCUUCACAAAUUGGCCACCACUGCCUUGUGGAGGAAUUUAGGAAAUGGUUGAAGGGAAUGCUGGGAGAUUUGGCGUCACCUUUGACCUUUUUAAACGUGUUGGCUGGAGUUUUACUGUUCUCUAUUGCCAGGGAAGGAGAGUUGUGACAGGUCGAGUGGGACUCUGGCAAAUAGUUUUUUUUUUUUUUUUCCCACUGGCAUCGUCCAUUCAUGGAUAGGCAGACACCGUCAUGUUGUGAACAAUAAAAACGACAGUGAGGAACAAACGUGCCCUUGUCUGUGUAUCAUGUUUUAGAGUUUAGACAUUUGUUCAUCGCAGACCCACAACCCCACUCAUCCUCUGGCAGAAACCAGUUAGCCAAGGUGUAAUUUGUUGCAAGGCCACUGCUGUCUGUCAGACACGCGUACACACUUUUAGGUGUUGUGUUCUACUUAAAUUUCCAGACAGAUGCCGACAUGCAACAUCCAGAGACAUUUCCACACAUGCAACCAUACCGUACACAUGUUAACAAGCCCCUACUUUUCGAUCCCAUUCACAAUCAAAAUUUCCAGUGACUGCAUGUAGAAGUCCAUGUCACUCACCACCCUUCCAAGGGUAAUUUGCUGACUGGUUCACCCUCAUUGCCAAGUCCAUGUUUUGGAUCAUGUCCACAAUACAACC